ACCAAACAGAUUCACUUCCUCGUGGAGGCGGGCCUUGUACCGCCCAAUGGGGAGCCGAGGCGGGCGAACGGGCACGCGCGCCCCUUCUGUCGAGCGGCGCUGGGGUUGACUCACUCCGUCUGUGUCUUUUUCAGGAGCAGGUGAGACGAAGUGCCCAGCUCAGCGAUCGGUACCGCGGAGCCCAUCAGGACGAGCGACAACAGGAAAUGUUGAAGUUCAGGCCCUCGGCUGUGCUCAGGGGUCUGUUACAGGCGGCCCUUAAGCGACCAUUGCGGAUCGCGGCCAAAGAGAAGGCGCCAGCCUUGGCGUGUCGACUCGGCACAGAUGCCAAGGCGGGGUCCACCGUUAAGUCCCAGCACGCCGAGGGGUAUCGACGCCUAAUGCAGCUCCCCGCCGCCGGAAUGUGCAACAGCUCCAGGGGCAUGUGUACCAAGACAGAGGAAACGGCGCCGUCGGAGUCUGGGGAGCCCAAGUCGGUCAGCAGCAGCUCGGCCGACGAGAAGGCGUCUUCUGAAAAGAGAAGGCAAGCGGGCCUCUUGCCAAGCCUGGAGGAUCUUCUCUUUUACACGAUAGCCGAAGGACAAGAGAAGAUCACCGUGCACAAGUUCAUCACCGCGUUGAAGUCUACAGGGCUAAGGACUGGAGACCCCCGACUGAAAGAAUGCAUGGACAUGUUGAGGACCACGCUGCAGUCCACUACAGAUGGUGUGACGCUGGACAAAGUGCUCUUUAAAAAGUGUGUACAGAGUAACAUUGUAUUGCUGACUCAGGCCUUUCGUAAGAAGUUUGUCAUCCCCGACUUCGCGUCCUUCACGUCGCACAUCGACGAACUGUACGAGAGUGCCAGGAAGCUGGGAGGUGGCCAGGUUGCAGAUUACAUCCCCCAGCUUGCCAAAUUCAGCCCGGACCUGUGGGCCGCGUCUCUGUGCACAGUGGAUGGCCAAAGACAUUCCAUCGGAGACACCAAAGUUCCCUUUUGCCUGCAGUCGUGUGUGAAGCCCCUGAAAUAUGCCAUUGCCGUGAACGACCUUGGCACCGAGUACGUGCACCGCUACGUCGGCAAGGAGCCCAGUGGCCUGCGCUUCAACAAGCUCUUCCUGAAUGAAGAUGACAAGCCACACAACCCCAUGGUGAACGCGGGAGCCAUAGUGAUCACCUCGCUCAUUAAGCAAGGGGUGAACAACGCCGAGAAGUUUGAUUACGUGAUGGACUUCCUGAACAAGAUGGCCGGGAACGAGUAUGUGGGCUUCAGUAAUGCCACGUUUCAGUCGGAGCGAGAAACGGGGGACAGGAACUUUGCCAUUGGGUAUUACCUGAAGGAGAAAAAGUGUUUCCCCGAGGGCACAGACAUGACGGGGGUGCUGGACUUUUACUUCCAGCUCUGCUCCAUUGAAGUGACCUGCGAGUCUGCCAGUGUGAUGGCUGCCACCCUGGCCAAUGGCGGCUUCUGUCCCAUCACGGGCGAGAGGGUGCUGAGCCCCGAGGCCGUCAGGAACACGCUGAGCCUGAUGCACUCCUGUGGCAUGUACGACUUUUCUGGGCAGUUUGCCUUCCACGUGGGCUUACCAGCCAAGUCAGGGGUUGCCGGAGGGAUCCUGCUGGUGGUGCCAAACGUCAUGGGCAUCAUGUGCUGGUCUCCGCCGCUGGACAAACUGGGCAAUAGCGUGAGGGGCAUCCAGUUCUGCACAGAUUUGGUUUCCCUCUGCAACUUCCACAACUACGACAACCUGCGACAUUUUGCAAAGAAGCUCGACCCUCGCCGAGAGGGGGGAGACCAAAGAGUCAAGUCGGUCAUCAAUCUUCUGUUUGCUGCUUACACCGGUGAUGUCUCGGCCCUCCGGAGGUUUGCCUUGUCAGCCAUGGACAUGGAGCAGAGGGACUACGACUCGCGGACCGCUCUCCACGUGGCUGCCGCUGAAGGUCAUGGGGAAGUCGUCCGCUUUUUGCUUGAAGCCUGCAAAGUGAACCCCGUCCCUAAGGACAGGUGGGGCAACACGCCACUCGACGAGGCCAUCCACUUUGGACACCACGAUGUCGUCCAGAUCCUCCAAGACCACCACAACAAGUACGUCCCCCACGAAAGCCCGAGCAGCGAGAAGCAGAGCGAGACGGCCGAGAAGAACCUGGACGGCCUGCUCUGAGGGGCGGAGCCUCCUCUCUAGCUUUGCUUUCUAUUGGUUGUCGUAGCGCUCCGGUCCGCGGGGCGUAGCUCUCGUGUUGGUCCCGUGACAUGGCGUAGUAUUCAUCUCUGUGUCUGUGUGUGGGCACCCGCCGCCCCAUGCCAGCCCCCCGCUCGGCCUGGCGCCCCCUGCUGGCUGGCUGGCCUCUGGCGGCGACUCCUCUGAAUGUAACUCUCGAUGUUUGGAUAUUUAUUGAGACGCGUCGUCUGGCGCGCGGCAGGCAAUCAGAAUCUUUAUUUUGAUGAUACAUGUUGAAUAAAAGCACUGCUUCAAGGCACA